AUGAAAGCGAGAUCGACUGCAGCUAAUGCUGUUGCCUCAAUGCAAAGAUCAGGAGCAUAUAAUUCUCCAGCUGAUACUAAGGUGUCAAAUUCAAGUGCCCUCAAAAGUAAAUUGCCCAAAAAGCUUAAGAGUGAUACAAAAGUGGCUUCAGCGGUGGCAGCUGCACUGGCAGCAGCCACUGCACGCUCCGUGCUAAGGGAAGUAAAUAAGGGUGCAUCAACACCUCCUCUCAGUGCAAUGGGGGUGCCAAAACUCAUGUCUUGCACGAGGGAAGCAGCUAGUCGAGGAGGAGACCAGCCUGCCAACGUGAUAAAAUCUCUGCGGAGGAGACAGUUUUUUGACUCUGGUGAUGAAAACUGA